AAGAAGCGAGAGUGUCUUUGAACAUAAAGUAGAAGGACUUGUUGGUGAAGCUAACAGGUGGAGAGAGAUAUGAGGCCACUCUACUCUUUGGUCUUCACUUUCUUGUGUCUGGGGAGCCUGCUGAUCACUCUCACCUGGCACAUGUUCGACUACAAUGAUGACGAACCUUACAGACUGCCUCGUCACAAGAAAAGCCCUUCUGAGCUCUGUAAAGGCUGCAAGGAGGUCAUCAACAAAGUAAAACAGCGUUACUCUCAAAACUGGAAGAAGCAGGAGGAAAAUUACACAAAGUUCAGAUCUGAGCUGAGCAGCAAGUGUAAUGGAUCUGACAAUGCCAUCAUUACCCAGGCCAACACUCCAGUGGGAUCCAAGAUUGUGUAUGAUGUGGAAAGGAAGAGGAUCCAUGAGGUAUCCCUGGAGAUUUUCAGGUCAUUUCCAAAGGAGUAUCCACUCCCAAAUAAAACAUGGGACACGUGUGCUGUUGUUGGGAAUGGAGGGAUCCUGACAGACAGCGGCUGUGGAAAGAUGAUCGAUUCAGCUCAGUUUGUUAUCAGGUGUAACCUUCCUCCUUUGGAAGACGACUAUGAGAAAGAUGUGGGCACCAAGACUGACCUCGUGACAGCAAACCCAAGCAUCCUCUCAAAGAAGUACGGGGCUCUAAUUGGACGUCGCCGUCCGUUUGUGGAGAGUCUGAGAAGCUAUGGCAACUCCCUGCUUCUCCUUCCUGCCUUCAAUCCUGUGUGCGAGCGGGCUGUCAACAGUAUUGAGGAUUUUGAAAGCUCCAUCCGGCCCGUUUUCUUAAACUCUGAAUAUCUCCAGAAACUGUCAGUCUUCUGGCGCUCCCAAGGCAUUAAAGCAGCACGGCUCAGCACCGGCAUAAUGAUGACCAGCCUGGCACUGGAACUCUGUGCUAACGUGCAUCUCUACGGUUUCUGGCCCUUCAGUAAUCAUCCACAAGGACUCUAUGCCCUGACUAACCACUACUACGAUGAUGCAAAAGUUAAUGCAAGAGUCCAUGUCAUGCCGGUUGAGUUUGACCUCUUGUUGCAGCUGCACAGUCAGGGGGUGCUCAGGCUUCACCUGGAAGAUUGUCGGCCAGGUAAAUUGUAGUUCCAGGAACUAAUGAAAGCUGACAUGACAGGAGAAAAGUGGUUUGUAGUCCAGUCACCCAUGAAGUCUGUCAUAUACUUGAAUGAAUAGAUGGAUCUAUUUUGGUUGAUGACAGAGAUGGAAUGUGUUCAAGCAAGGUGCUCAGACUUACAGUGAAUACUGAAUUGGCCAAUCAGCAGCCAAAGUAUCUGCACGGAAAUCAUACAUUUUGCAUUUGCAUCAAGUCUUUGGUGGGUCUUGUAAAACUGGGAGUACUACUUGAUACUUACUUACUUGGAGUGAUGCCGAUAAUGCGUUAAUUAGUAACGCGUUACUCUAAUAUGACCACUUUUUUCAGUAACGAGUAAUCUAACGCGUUACUAUUUCCAAACCAGUAAUCAGAUUAAAGUUACUUAUCCAAGUCACUGUGUGCGUUACUAUUUUUUGUCAUUUUCCUUAGUAAAACGAUAUAUUUGCUUUCUUCUUGCGACUCGGGGAGCGACGUCGAUCGGCGGUUUUGCAAUCUAGUUUGCGGGUAAAAAUGGGUUUGGGUGGGUGGAUAAAAUUGGGCUGUUUUCGGAUCAGUUCUGCGGGUUUUUGAAGCCGAAACACGGGCACUUCAGAUCCUUUUUCUGCGACCCUCUGUUCAGCAGGCAGCAGUCUCACUCACUCAUUCACUCACACACACACUACAGCUCUGGCUGACGUGCCCCCUAAACUCACAACAGACACUCCCACUACCUUCAGGCUACGUUAAGUCAAUCAGUAAGGAUGACUAUAUGGCGCUUUAUAUCCAACACAAUCAUGAUCUAGUCUGUCCUUAGCCUACAAAAUAAAGUUUGAGAAAUGUCUGCAUGGAGCACAGCUGCUUACAGGUGUGCAGCUUACAGUGACAGUUUCCUCAUCGCUACCUGAGCCACCAUCCGAUCCUCCUCCUUCAGUUUUUGCCCGUACGCACCCGGUAUCUCAUCUCUUUCUCUCUUGCGAUUUACACAGCACAGCUGGACAAAGUGGUCUAUAACUGCCGUUUAUAUGCAGCAGUCAAUAUGAUCGCUAUUGGCAGUCCGGGGUAUAAAUGCUCAGAGUUUGUUUCAUUUUAAUAUAUUAUUAUAUAUAAGUUGUAAGCUUCAGAAACCAUCAAACACAUAUAUUUAGGAAAAGUCGCCGACUGAGAGACAUGUAGUUUUAAUGUAAGACUGUCUUUAUUUUAUUUUUUAUUUAAAAAAAGAGUAUUUGUUUUUAAGUGAAGUCAAGAAAGACUGUCUUUAUUUUAUUUUUUAUAAAAACAUGUAUUUUUUUCAGGAAAUUGUUUUUAAGUUUGUACGUUACUGUUAAAAAUACACUUCCAAUAAAAUGAGUAUUGGCAAUUUAAAACUGGUUGUCAUUUUUAUGUUGAGGCGGCGAGGGGUUGUUGUCGGCAGCUGCUGAAUGUAACUAAUAAAGUAACUUGUAAUCUAACUUAGUUACUUUUAAAAUCAAGUAAUCAGUAA